GUGCCUGCCUGUUUUCAUUCGCCCACAAGUACAGAACAGUCUGAAGUGCAAUGACGUCGAGUUCGGAAAUCUUCGCUCACACACACUUGUUUUGGUGAAAAGGCACAUUGCAGAAAAAUAUCUGACUUUUAAAUUACUAAAAAAAAACUGUAUUAUUCCGAUAAUAUCUAAGCUGUUGCUGAACUGUUUGGCGAUUGGUUUUGUGUGUAUUGGAUAUUCUGUUGACUUGCAGAUGUUUUCAAUUGAUGUGUAUCGAUAUCUAAAUUAUUAAGUGGAAACUGUCUCCUUUCUUGAAUGAUAACGUGAGGAUUCUUGCUAUUGUUUGGAUGAAAGCGAUAACCCCUGCAUUUUGACGAGCUGAUGGAAAUAUGAUAAGUUGUUGCUGUGUUUCGGAUUUGGAGGUUUUAAUUUUGGAAGCAUUCGUUUUGCUGUAAAAGGUUGACUCAAAACAACUGUUUGUGGUGUGUGAAUAUAGGGUCGAUUCAUGAGGGCUAAUUGAAUUCUAGUUUCGUAGAAGGAUUAUCCAAAAUGAGUAGAUUCCUGCUCCUGAUUCUGCUGUCUUCAUGGUCGCUGUUGGUGAGCCCUUCCUCUGGAUGCGAGACAGGGGUGGCUUUCGUGGACAGCGCUCUCAGCAUCCAACGCUCCCUCAUGGCAAACGCGGACGUUGCUCUCCUCAAGUCAUUCGUAGCUCCCACCCUUGAACGAUGUAUGGAAGAGUGUUGUUCGGGAAAAUACGGAGCAUGUUCGGUAGCCAGUUUCAAAAAGAAUGCCACAAAAGAAAACUGUAUCCACUACAAUUGUCGACCACUAAGGAAGUGCAAAUUCCUUUCUUCCCACUCUACAGAUUCCUUCACCUUUUCAUCUAAUCCUGUCCCUCCUAAAUCAGUGCCUUCAAAACAACCUUCUACGGUCCCCUCACUUAUGACGGAUGCUAAAACCAAUGGAUCCCAACCAGCUCACACAAAGGAAGAAAUCGCUACCUUCUCCAACGAACAGUUUGCCCUCAAGAAUGACAAUACUUCUGUCAAACCUCGAAAAGGUGUCCACGACCUUCAACCUGAUGACCUUCUUUCUAAGUCUGGUAUAAAACCAAGAAAAGGAGUAUCAUUGGAAGAUGUGCCUCAUUCACAGUUCCUCCUGAGCAACAACAAAUCCAACGUAAAGCCUAGAAAGGGCGUUGAGCCUUAUUCUAGUGAAAUUUCUCCAACACCAUCAGUUUCAGCGGUGUCAACAUUGGGGAGGAGUAAUGUCUCCUCAUCUGUGAGUCACUUCCAUACUACUUUGCUGAAUACCACUGAAGACUUCGCAUCUGAUGACUUAAUGUCAGCCCUUCAAAGAGUCUUUGAGGAUGACUCUCAUUCCACCUCUAUCCAAUCGUCAACAUCUUCAAAGAUAUCACCAACUUCCACCUUGCCAUUGUUGGAUACUACUUCUCAUAGUGAAUCUCAUUCUACGAGUGCUAAACUAUAUAGUGCAGAAUCGCGAACUUCUGCCUAUUCAUCGUACACCACACAAGCAAGCCUUAAACCGAGUCAGAAUACUCCAGAAGUUUCAAGUUCUUCACCGACACCAACUGUCGACGCUGGUUUUUUCACGAGACCAUCGAAGGAAUUCACUACAUCAACGAUAGUUUCUUCUUCAACGACUUAUUUUCUGACAGUUACCAAAACAAGCCAACCUCCAACGUUGCCACCAUUGCCCUCGGAGGUCACAGAAGACCAGGAAGAGAAAUUCGUUGAAGAAUUGAGCGUAACAGACGAAGAGACUGAAAACGACAGAAAAUACAAGUCUUCCAUUCACCUAGUUCUGUCUCUAGUCUUUGGCCUGUUGGUUUUGUUCGCUGUCCUGGGCGUUGUUGCCAAAAGAAUCUACGAUGGGUGGUUAAGACGUGACUAUUAUAGGAUGAACUAUCUUAUUGAUGGAAUUUAUAAUGGCGUUGACUGAAUCAGUCAUUGACAUCUAGUGUGCUACUUAACUCUAAUCCCUGACAAUUUCCUUAUAACCGCUGCCUUAAAAAUGUGUCGGGACCAAAACUACAAAAUGCACAGCGAACCUGUGAUGCAUAACUAUGGUAAUCGUGUGCCUAAGUUCGCUGUCUUUCUAAAUGAAUCUGUGAUCCUUCGUGUUAACGAUACCUGAGAAGAAAUGUGCUUAAUCUUUUGUCUUCAUCCAACUCUGGAACUAAGAAAAUAUUUUACAUAAACAUGUACACAUGAUGAAGACUUUGAAGCUUUGCUGGGUGGUGUUUAAAUUGAAGAGAAGCAUGGUAAAAACAUGCAUCUUCGACAUUUAAUAUUUUGUGUAUUCAUUAUAGUAAUGGUUCUACAAAGAAACUGAAUAUUAUAAUUCAGAAAACUGCAUCUGCUAUUAAAAGUGCCGAAUGUCAUAUAUAUAUACGUACUUGCUUAAAAAGUAUUUUUUACUGGAAAAAAACUCAUUUUAAUGUCGAUUGUUCUUGCAUGUGUUAGAAUAUGAAGUAAAAUAUUUUAUUUGAAGCUGCCAUUAUUCGUGGAGCUAAUGGCGGUAAAUCAUUUCAAAAUCGGUGAGCUGUAAAAUAAUAAAUAAAAUUAACGUUUUAAAAAGUAAUUAAUGUCUAGUGUGUUUAGAAGUUACGUAUAAUUCCUAAUAAGUACACUUUCAUGAUCAAAUUGUCUUCACUAUAGGUUAAUCCACAUAAAAAAUUGUUUUUAGAAGUGAAUAAUUUUGCAUUUCUUCAUCGAAUAUUAAAUCAGUUUUAUGAUGUUUAUUUCAUCCAUGUGACAUAUCACUAAAAAAAAAACAUUAAUAAUCUCAUGAUAUGAAAUAAAAUUAAAUUGUUGUAGAUUUAAUUCAAUCAAACUAUAAGAUUGAAACGGAUGUACUUUCGUAAUUAUCAUUGACAUUAGUAAUAUUUUUUGAGUAGUAAAUUAUCUAACCACAUUAUGUAAAUAUUAAAAUGUUGUGAAUGCUACAAAGUGCUCUUAAAUUUCCAAAGUGUGCGCUACACAAGUAGUGCAAAAUAUUUCGUGUCAAAUCAAGAUUUGAUUCAGAAAUGAUGAAGCUUCGAACUGACAA